AGCUAUCGCCCUUCUGAGGUGUCCAAAAACCUAUGAACAUAAUUCUUUCUGAUGAAGUUGUUUUUCCCUUACAUUAGUAGUUCGAUGUCUCGGUUUUGUAUCACACAGCCUCGAUCUAGCCAAUCGGUUUAGUCAAUCAAUUUGUGCCCAUAUAAAUCGCAGCGAAUGUUGCGCGACAAACUCAUUUCUUCAGUAACUUAGUCGAGAACACAUUCAGUGCUGUGGUGAACAUUAUUACGAGUGUCAAGUGAUUUUGUAUGAGCAGAUCAAAAUACUUCGUCCAUCAUGAAGAUUUUGAUGAGAGCAGAUACACAUUACAGCAUACAGUACUCCAGUGACUAUGAAAAACCGAAAUAUACAUUUUCACAGGUUUUGGCUGCUGUGGCAGUGUCUAUGGGCUCCAUGAUCAUAGGUUUCUCUUCGGCGUACACCUCUCCAGCCCUCGUGACAAUGAAGAACAGUACUGUUAUUUCAGUCACAGACGAGGAGGCAAGUUGGAUUGGCAGUUUGAUGCCCUUAGCGGCCCUCGCCGGUGGCGUGGUUGGUGGACCAUUAGUCGAUUAUAUUGGCAGACGCAGAACGAUUUUAUUCAUCGCACCCCCUUUUUUUCUCGGUUGGGUUCUAAUAGCUACUGCAAGAGUAAUACAUUUAGUAUUUACUGGACGUGUUGUCUGCGGUCUUUGUGUCGGAGUUGGCUCUCUCGCGUUCCCUGUGUAUCUCGGGGAAACUAUACAACCCGAAGUCCGCGGUACGCUAGGUUUGUUUCCAACCGCUAUUGGUAACAUCGGUAUACUAAUUUGUUAUGCGGCUGGAAAAUACCUUAACUGGUAUGAACUAGCGUAUCUAGGUGCAGCAUUACCAAUUCCCUUUUUUAUUUUAAUGCUUAUGAUCCCAGAAACUCCCCGUUGGUACAUAUCUCGUGGGCGUAAUGAAGAAGCCCGAAAAGCGCUACAAUGGCUUCGAGGCAAGAACGCCAAAAUUGACAAUGAAAUUCGUGACAUAGCCCUAUCAGAUGCAGAAAUGGGUAAAGAAGGCAUAAAACUUAAAGAACUGUUUAGCAUUAAAUAUAUGAGAUCAAUUUUAAUUUGCUUGGGUCUAAUGACGUUUCAACAAUUAUCAGGAAUCAAUGCCGUCAUAUUUUACACGGUUAGUAUAUUUAAAAUGUCAGGUAGUUCCGUGGACGGCAAUUUGGCAACAAUUAUUGUAGGAGUAGUUAAUUUUGUGUCAACCUUCAUUGCUACUGCUCUUAUCGAUCGUGCGGGACGCAAGGUGCUACUCUACAUAUCUUCUGUGACCAUGACCCUUACGUUAGUGGUACUUGGAACUUUCUUUUACGUACAAACUGAUUUACAAAUUGAUGUAUCAGAUUUAGGAUGGAUACCAUUGACUUGUAUUAUGGUUUAUUUAUUAGGCUUUUCCUUAGCUUUCGGCCCUAUUCCAUGGUUGAUGAUGGGUGAAAUUUUACCAGCAAAAAUACGAGGUGGCGCCGCGUCAAUUUGUACGGCAUUUAACUGGUUAUGUACUUUCACGGUUACAAAAACAUUUCACAACAUACUGGUCGGCAUCGGUCCGGCUGGUACAUUUUGGCUAUUUGGGUGCAUUUGUUUCGUGGGUUUAUUCUUCGUGGUAAUAUUUGUCCCAGAAACACGAGGCAAGAGUCUUGAACAGAUAGAGAAUAAGCUCACUGGACGAGCAAGCACAAGAACUCGUAGGAUGAGUUCUAUUGCGAACAUUAAGCCAUUGCCGAGUGGAUGCUGACUUCUAAAGAGACUAAACAUUGGUUGUGAAAUAUUGUUCUUAUUAGGACCAAUCGAUUUCUUAAAUUUUAAAUAAAUUGUUCCCUCCAAUUAUUUCAAUGCAUACUUGUGUAUUUACAGGUAAACAAGCACAAUCAUAGUACCUUUAUUCUUGAUUCGCUUAACACUUAUGUAUCCUACCUCUAACCUCAAACUUAUUAAAAGAAAUACUUAAUACAGAAACAAGAGAGUACAUUAAAUAUAAACAAAUUUCAUUAAAUGAGUCUAAUAAAUUAA